AUGUCAAACGACUCCAACAUGAAGCCCUGUGCCUUGCUUUUCGGUGAAGCUGGUCCCAUCAUCGCUGCCACUCCUAGUCUCGGUCUUUGCACCAAAGUUGAAGUACGCGUGGGAACGGCCACCCCUCCCUGUGCGAAUCCUUACUUUGGGUUCACCCUGACCUUUUCUCGUGAUCCUGGCCAGGUCACGAGUGAAAAAGAGGGGAGGGGUGUGUGCUAUGCAUACGAUCCCAGCAGCGACAAGCCUGUUCCGUCAGACUUCACCAUCACAGUAAAGUUUCCGCGCGGGAGUAUUUCCUGCAGUCGCCUGCCAGUCCCGGCAGUGAUUCAGACCAGAUUUCCCAAGGUUCAAGACUGGCAAGGUUUCACCUACCUUAUUGUGAGACUUGACGAUUCUUCCCAUCCAACGAUCGAGGGCUACAGAAAGGAGUAUUUCAACUCUCCCGACCCUAAACUCCAAGGGUGGGUGAAUUACCACGGGAGGAUCAACGGUGUGUCGUUUCUCGAGGUGCUACACCAGCGCGCCUUCUCCUUCAUCGUCGAACUCCCUAUCGGUGGGGAGAGCAUGGGGGACCAAAAUCUCCCUGGGCUAUUUACAUAUGGCUACCCAUGCCAGCCAGCCGACGUUCAAGAAAUGAAGGCCCUCGUUGACGAGAAGAAAGGCGGAGAUUUCCCCCCUUGUUAUGCCUUUGACAACGACGAAGCGCACAUCACGGCCAUAAACCAAAGCGUUAUCCAGGACACUCUCUGGGUACACCGGGAAGCUGAACUAAUUGCCGAAGAACGAUUACUUGCAUACUUUGCCACACCAAUUCGUGUGAUCUCAGAAGGCCAUGCCGUCCACCUUGUGGUCCUUGUGCCUAAGGCAUGGAGAGACCUCCAUGAUCUCGCAUGGCUGCGGCUGACUGCAGGCAAUCCUCUUAUUAAAGUAAAGAUUCAUGAUAUCUCUACUCCUGGACAUACUGGGCCAGCUCUCUGGACGGGCAAGAUCAUAGGAAGCAACAAUUCGGCUCCCGAGCUGAGAACACAUCCGAUUCAGGACCACGAGCUUAUCGUACGCGUCCGCGCCGCCUCCGUUCCGCGCAUUCUCAUCCGCCACUAUCCCAACCGCCGAACCGCCGAUAAAGCUCUUACACAAGGAACACAGAACUAG